UCUGAAGGGAAUUUUGGCUCCAUAUCUCAUGAUUUUUGUUGGUUUAGGAGUUGGUGACAUUCAGGGAUGUUGCUGUGGACUUUACCCAGGAGGAGUGGGGUCUUUUGGAUGAUCCUCAGAAGGAGUUGUACAAAGAGGUCAUGUUGGAGAAUGCCUGGAACCUGCUCUCCCUGGGACUUCUAGUUCCCAGUGAAUAUGUGAUCUCUUAUUUUAAUCAAAGAAAAUCACAAUGGAUGCUGGACCAUGAAGGCCUGAGGAUCUGCUCUCCAGAAAGAGAAAUGACACUUGAAAUGAAGGAAAAUAUUCCAGAGCGAAGUCUUUCUGUAGUAGAUAUUCACAAGCCAAGAAUAAUCAGUGAUACUCCUGGUAACUUCACUUGGAAAGAUAUCCGUGAUACACUUGAGAAAAUCCACAUUGGAGAGAAAUCUUAUGAGCAUAACCAAAAUGGAAAAGAUUUCAUAGAAAGGUGGGCUCUUACUAGACAUAAGAAAAUCCACACAUCUCUUGAAUAUAACCAAUAUGUAAAGACUUUCAAAUAUAAAAAUAGUUUUCCUCUACAUUGGAAUAUCCAUGUUGGACAGAAACCUUAUGAAUGUAACCAAUGUGGAAAGAUUUUUAGUAAUAAACGAACUCUUACUGUACAUCAGAGAAUCCACACUGGAGAGAAACCUUAUGAAUGUAACCAGUGUGGAAAGGCUUUUAUAGGAAGUGGAAAUCUUAAUAGACAUCAGAGAAUACAUACAGGACAGAAACCUUAUAAAUGUAACCAGUGUGGAAAGGCUUUUACACAAAAGGAAUCUCUUACUAGACAUCAAAGAAGCCACACUGGAGAAAAACCUUAUAAUUGUAACCAAUGUGGAAAGGCUUUCACAAAAAAGGAAUCUCUUACUGGACAUCAGAGAAUCCAUACUGGAGAGAAACCUUAUGAAUGUAACCAAUGUGGAAAGACUUUCACAAAAAAGCAAUCUCUUACUAUACAUCAGAGAAACCACACUGGAGAAAAACCUUAUAAAUGUAACCAAUGUGGAAAGGCUUUUAUAGAAAGUGGAACUCUGAGUGUGCAUGAGAGAAUCCACACUGGAGAAAAACCUUAUGAAUGUAACCAAUGUGGAAAGGCUUUUAGUCAUAAAGGAACUCUUACUAUACAUCAAAGAAACCACACUGGAGAGAAACCUUAUGAAUGUAAUCAUUGUGGAAUGGCUUUUACAGAAAGUAGAGGUCUUAAUAGACAUCAGAUAAUCCACACUGGAGAGAAACCUUAUAUAUGUAAUCAAUGUGGAAAGACUUUUACAAUAAAGCAAUCUCUUACUGGACAUCAGAGAAUCCACACUGGAGAGAAACCUUAUAAAUGUGAUCAAUGUGGAAAGACUUUUACAAAAAAGGAAUCUCUUACUGGACAUCAGAGAAUCCACACUGGAGAGAAACCUUAUGAAUGUAACCAGUGUGGAAAGGCUUUUACAAAAAGUGGAGCUCUUACUGGACAUCAGAAAAUCCAUACAGGAGAGAAACCUUAUAAAUGUAACCAUUGUGGAAAGACAUUUACAAAAAAAGGAUCUCUUACUGUACAUCAGAGAAUCCACACUGGAGAGAAACCUUAUGAAUGUAAUCAAUGUGGAAAGGCUUUUAGUCAUAAAGGAAAUCUUACUAUACAUCAGAGAAACCACAGUGGAGAGAAACCUUAUGAAUGUAAUCAAUGUGGAAAGGCUUUUACAGAAAGCGGAGGUCUUCAUAAACAUCAGAGAAUCCAUACAGGAGAGAAACCUUAUAAAUGUAACCAAUGUGGAAAGACUUUUAGUCACAAAGUAACUCUAAUUAUACAUCAGAGAAUCCACACUGGAGAGAAACCUUAUAAAUGUAACCAGUGUGGAAAAGGUUUUACAAAAAAGGGAGCUCUUACUGGACAUAGCAGAAUCCACACUGGAGAGAAACCUUACGAAUGUAACCAAUGUGUAAAGGCUUUUACAAAAAAGGAAUCUCUUACUGUACAUCAGAGAAUCCACACUGGGGAAAAACCUUAUGAGUGUAACCAGUGUGGAAAGAUUUUUAGGCAAAAGGGAGCUCUUACUGGACAUGGGAGAAUCCACACUGGAGAGAAACCUUAUGAAUGUAAUCAAUGUGGAAAGGCAUUUACAAAAAAAGAAUCUCUUACUGUACAUCAGAGAAUCCACAUUGGAGAGAAACCUUAUGAAUGUAACCAGUGAGGAAAGAUUUUUAGGCAAAAGGGAGCUCUUACUGGAUAUCAGAGAAUCCACACUGGAGAAAAACCUUAUAAAUGUAACCAAUAUGGAAAGGGUUUUAUAUAAAAAAUAGGAUUGGUUCUUGCUGGAUCUAUGAAGAAAGGUAAAUGCAUUAAAAUAAAGAGGAAAAUGACUUAGAGAAUAUUGGGACAAGAUGUGCUAGUGCUGAUACCUUCCAUGUUUAUCUUUCCUUAGCUAUAACACUAUAUGGAGGGUGAGGAAGAAAAAAUAAAAGAUGACUAGGGAUGGCAGACAGCUUCUUAGCUAUAUUGGAUUCUUCUUUUCCAUCUGGUCACCUACUUGCAAGGCAGCAUGGUAUAAUGGAAAGAUCCCUACAUUUGGACUCAGAAAACAUGGGCUGAAAUUCCAGUACUGCUGUAGUCUUGGGAAAGUAAUUUAACUUAACUGGAUCUCAGUGCAUUUAGGUUAGAUUAGGGUUUCUUCUGGUUCUAAAUCCUUUGAUCUUUGAUCUGAGAAGCCAAAAAGGAGUUUAAAAAUGAAUCCUACCCCACAAUGGCAUUUAUUCCUAGGUCCUCAGCUUCACAUUAGGGCAAAUAACUCAAAUGGCUUCACUAAGCCUUUAGAGUAUGACUGGCAACAUUUGGAGAGGCAACAAGAUAAUGGGAAAUUCUAAACCGAAUUCUUUGUUGAUUUAGGAAACUUGUACAUCAUGCCUAAAUGAAAAACUGUGCAACUAAUGAAAUAGAUUUCUUGCCAUAUUUAUUCAGGCAGAAAAUGUGUUUUUUUCAGAUGAAAUUUUUAAGAUGUUUUUAUGAAUAAAAGAUUUCAACUCUGAGGUUUCAGCUUACAUACAUCAAUUUGACAGUGAUGACCCCAAAAAGGUGGAAAUACUGUUGGAUGGUGAAUUAGAGGGACAGUAAUACAAUGUAUGUAGCUAUAAAUUGGUUCACUUGUUCUGAAAAAUCUUUAAGAAUUAAGAUUUAUUCAAAGGUGAUCAAAUGUCCAUACUUUGUGACUACUUUGACAUUCUACUUAAAAGUAUAAAUUCUAAGGAAGCGAGGGAAAGCAUUGUUUUAACCAAAAUAAAAUAUUCAUUGAAAUGGA